AUGGCUGCCAUCCCCGCUCCACUUCCUGCCUCGACCGCGAACUGGCACUGGAAGAACAAGAACAUCACCCGUUGGGGUACGGAGUGGUUUGAACACGAACUUACGACGAUCACCGUCACUGGCGAGCAAGAAGGCGAGGUCGUGUCGGUCUCACAAGUUAAGGAGGUCGAUGGGGAUAUCGAGCUCGGACAGAGAAAAUCGAAGUUAAUCACGAUCUUCGAUUGCAAGGUGGUCCUGGCGUGGUCUGGCACAGCCAGCGACGGCACAGAAGUUAAUGGCACACUGACAAUCCCAGAGGUCUCGCAUGAGAUUAUCUGCGACAAACUGUCCGACUUUGUGUUUAACUGGUCACUGUCUACGGCCGCCUCUCCAGCAGUUGAUGCCUUGUUCGCUCUUGCCCGCAGUAAAUUAUCCACUGCCUUGGAGACUAAGCUUUCCACGUUCCCGAGCGCGAUAAUCGACACCCACGGCAGGGAUCUGACUGUCAGCGCUGAUCCCAGCCGAUCCGCCACUCCGGCUAUUCCCAAUGCAGCUGCACCUCCAGUUGCUUCUUCCUCGUCUAUUGCCUCUGCUCCAGCCCCGGCCAAGCCCAAGGUCGCAGAAAAGAAGACGACCAUCAAUUCGACCACUGUGGUGGUCGAAGCCGAUUUUAUGGCUACUGCUGAGGACCUCUACAACCUUUUGACGGACGAGAAGAGGAUCCCUGCAUGGACUCGUGCCCCAGCUCAGUCGUUGGCCCAACCUGGAACCGAAUAUUCACUGUUUGGCGGUGGUGUGAAAGGAAAAUAUGUCUCCUUAUCGCCUGGAAAAGAAAUCGUACAAACCUGGGCACUUCAAAGCCCAUCAUGGCCAUCGGGUCAUGAAGCGACUUUGACAACCACGCUCGAUCAAUCAACUGACUCCACGAAAGUCAAGUUCUCCCUCGCUGGUGUCCCAUCUGGUAUGGAAGAAGAGAUUAAACGGAACAUCGAGGGGUACUACAUUCAUGGGUUUAAGUCCAUUGGGUACGUGCACCUCAUCCCUUCGACACCUGUCCAUUCGUCGUCAUAUGUCCGAGACCAAACACAAUUGGCCACUGAACGAAACCGCCGCGCUGCCCAAUCUGCCAAGGCGUCGGGUACGUCGUCGUACCUGCCAGCCAUCGCAAUAGCCACUCUGGUUCUUGUCGCCGCAUUCGCGAUUCCCUAUCUGUCGUCUUCUGGCCUUGCUCCCUCGUCGAGUCCUGUCUCUUCCCACAAGUAA